CACAACCAGCAGCGAUGCCUCACUCCUUGUUCCCCCUGUGCGUCCUGGGACUGCUCGCGCUCUCAUCCGCCUGUUACAUCCAGAACUGCCCGCGAGGAGGGAAACGAGCGCUGCCGGAGACUGGGAUAAGACAGUGCAUGUCUUGUGGCCCCGGAGAUAGGGGCCGCUGCUUCGGCCCCAGUAUCUGCUGUGCAGAGGGCCUCGGCUGUCUGCUGGGCUCCCCGGAAACAGCUCACUGUGUGGAGGAGAACUACCUCCUCACCCCUUGCCAGUCAGGAGGGAGACCCUGUGGAUCUGGGGGAGGACGCUGCGCUGCUUCAGGACUCUGCUGUAACUCAGAGAGCUGUGCAGUAGACCCUGACUGUCUGGGGGAGACCGAGGCCUCAGAUCCGGCUCAUGGCGCCGCAGGGAGCUCGCCUGCUGAGCUGCUGCUGCGCCUGCUGCAUGUGGCCACCAGAGGACAGACUGAGUACUGACACCGUCGUCUGUGGAGGCUCCUCUGCUUCUCAGGCAGAUCAGGCUCGUUAAAGUGCCAAGUCAAGCUUCGUAACCCCCACUGCUGUGAUAUUUCUGUAAAGUCACAGAAAGAGAACUAUGUUUAACUUAAUUAGCUAUUUCAUCCAGAUUCUGGAGGAGAGGAAUGGUGAUAUUGGUUAUGAAAAGUAGAGUUCAUGUUUGUUCCGACCUUAGAUAUGUAUAUACUAAUGCACAUACUGUAAACAAAAUUGUAUUCUAUAUUAGGGGGGAUGACACACCUCAGAGCUCCAUUUCAAAUAAGUGAGUUAUAGCAGAAAACACUGUAAAUAAAUAAGAGGUCGGAGAUUACAGACAUCCAUGUAAAACAGCUGAAUGACAAUCCAGUUACUUCUUGUGUAGUAGAGAUAUUAUUGUAAAUUAAAAAUGGGAGAAAUAAUACAUAAUGUAUCACUGCCAAAAAAAAACUUCUGCUGUCUGCUUUCAUUACUCCCACGCUCAAAAUAAUUACACCUUUAUGGAUG